AUGUCUCAGUUCAAUUUCUUUAACGAAAUUAAUGGUGCACUUACCAUGGAUGGGGAGAUCACUCGUGGACCUGCUCCUCGGUGGCAAAAGAAAUUGGAAGCAUCCACCGCUAGUUUAAAUGGCAGCAUAAAUGCUACACGUUCCGUACUUUCGGUCUCAUAUAACACCAGUUUUUCAGGUAUUAAUCCACCCACAAAAACACCGGGCAAAAAUGCUGAGGGCAAAACAAAGAAGACACCAACACCAAACAAAGGUUCUAAGACGCCAGGCGGAGGUGACAGAUUUAUACCCAAUCGUGGAACUACAAAUUUCGAAUUAGGUCAUUAUUUGAUAAAACAAGAACAGGACAAAUCGGAAAAUGACGAAGAGAAUGAAAGCAAUUCUAAUAAUGCCAACAAAAUGACGCCAGCUAAGGCUGAAAGGCAAAAAUUAAUAUCAGAUUCUAUGCAAGUAGCUGAUGGUAAAACUACACGAAUUCUAUCGUAUCAAAAUAAGGCACCAGCGGCCCCAGAGUCUCAUAUUAAUCCCUUGAAGGUAGUUUAUUCCAUUAAAACUCCGAUAUCGACUAAAAGUGGUUCACGUUAUAUACCCACUACAUCCGACCGCAUUUUGGAUGCUCCGGACAUUAUUAAUGAUUAUUAUCUAAACCUGUUGGAUUGGAGCGCGGACAACAUAGUAACAGUAGCUUUGGGAAAUGCGGUUUAUCUUUGGAAUGCUGUUCCCGGUAAUAUUGAACAAUUAGUGGAAUAUGAGGAGGGAGAUCACGCUUGUGCUUUAGCCUGGAUUCAAGAGGGACAAAUUUUAGCCAUUGGUAAUAAUACUGGAGCUGUGGAACUGUGCUGGGUGCACAAAAUUAGAUUGACAAAGAUGUAA